CUUGAUGUCUGUCGGCCUCGGAUCCGACACCUCAUAUGAGUUUCCGUUGAGGAUCCGGUAAUUCCUACAAAACAAGCUCGAAUUGAGGGCGAUGAUUCCUCAGGAUCAGCCGUAUUGGGCAAUUCAGCCUCGGCUUCUCCAAAGAUAUGCGGAGAAUAUCCGGUCGCCUUCCUCCACAGCAGCAGGCCCGGCUGCAAUAUGCUUUAGAAGGUCGGCUGAGAAACAUGAUUGGCGACGAUGAAGCCUCGGUUACUUCCAUGCAAACGUAUAGGAAGUUCUAGUUCCUCGCUGAGUGCCAUUGAGCAUCGCUUCCCUUUGCUCAGUCUUAUUGUCUGAUGCAUCAUGGCUCCCGAGGCAAUCACCAAUGGAUAUGGCGGAAUGUAUCUCCCAGCGGACGGGAGUACUGACCCCGACCUUGCUAAUCACGAAGAACGACCUGAGGUUAUCAACAACCCGUCGCCAGAGGAUGUCGCUAUACUGGAACAACUAUACGGCACUCGCAAGAAGAUGAGAAUCAUCAUGUUGGGCGCCGGCAUGAGUGGUCUGAACUUCUUCAAGUUCGCCGAAGAAAAGCUGAAGAAUGUGGAAAUCAUCUGUUACGAGAAGAACCCUGAUAUCGGUGGUACAUGGUACGAGAAUAGAUAUCCAGGCUGUGCUUGCGAUAUACCUAGUGUGGUCUAUCAGUUCCCCUGGCGGACAGCGCCUUGGUCAAAGUACUACUCACACUCACCGGAGAUUUGGAAGUACUUGAAGAUGGUCGAGCAAGAGAACAACUUUGUUGAAAAGUACGUCAAACUCAGGCACAGGAUCAUCUCCCUUUCUUGGGAUGAAGGAACUGCGCAAUGGACGGCUCGAGUUCAGGACCUCGCGACCGGUCGAGAGUUUGAGGAUCAUGCAGAUUUUGUUGUUGAUGGGGGUGGUGUCCUGAACAAGUGGAAGUGGCCUGACAUUCCAGGUCUCAAGGAUUUCAAAGGCACACUGCUACACUCGGCACAAUACGAUGAGCGAACGGAUCUGACGGGCAAACGAGUCGCACUGGUAGGUGCUGGUAGCAGCGCUGUUCAGAUAUUACCAAAUAUCUACGACAAGGUUGAGAAAGUGUACACUUGGAUUCGGAACAAGAUAUGGAUCACUGCUGGAUUCGCUCAAAACUUUGCUGGAAAAGACGGCGCCAACUUCGAAUACAACGAAGAGCAGCAGAAGCUAUUCCAGGAUCCUGAUGAAUAUCUGGCUUACCGCAAAAUGAUCGAAGGCGAGCUGAAUCAGCGCUUUAGCUUCAUCAUCAACGGAUCUGCUGCUCAAAAGGCAGCCCGCGAGUUUUCUGAGAGCGAGAUGAAAACAAAGCUAAGAGGUCGAGCAGACCUCCUUGAAAAGAUAAUGCCAGAAGACUUCUACGUUGGCUGUAGGCGGCCGACUCCAGGCAACGGAUAUCUCGAGUGUCUAACCGGAGACAAGACGGUGCCCUAUACAACACAGCUCAAACAACUCACUGAGAAAGGCUUCAUCGACCCCGAAGGCAACGAACAGGAAGUGGACGUCAUCAUCUGCGCGACUGGUUUCGACACUUCAUACAAGCCACGUUUCCCAUUGAUCGUCAAUGGUGUCAACAAAGCCGAAGAAUGGAAAGACAAUCCUCAUCCGCACGUACCUUCAUAUUUGAGUCUGGCUUAUGGUGGAGUGCCCAACUAUUUUCUAUAUGGAGGUGCCUACUGUCCCUCAGCCCAUGGAUCAUUCUUCCCACUUAUCUCAGCGUACGUCGACUAUACGAUCCAAGUCAUUGAGAAGAUGCAAAUCGAGAAUAUCCGCUCAAUACGGCCGAAAGAAAAGGUGGUGGAACAAUUUCUUCGACAUGCUGACACAUACAUGAAGAGGACAGCUUGGACCGGACCAUGCAGUUCGUGGUUUAAAGGCGGAAAAAAAGAUGGCAAGCCGGCUGUUUGGCCAGGAUCUCGUUUACAUUUCCUGCGCUUAUUAGAGAAGCCACGGUUUGAAGACUUUGACAUCGAGUAUGAUGAAUCAGAGGAUAUGUUCAGUUUCUUAGGCAAUGGCUUCCAUGUCUGUGAGCGCGACGGUAGUGAUAUCACUUGGUAUAUGGGUCAGCCAAAGAAGAACGUUGAUACGGACAAAGUUCUACGGGUCAUGGACGGGUCGAAAGGCACUGAAGUUGGGAUACAUCGGUGAUCCUGAAUGUUCGUCUUAGUCUGUUUUUUUGAUAUAUAGAAAUACA